GCCGCCGGCUGGCGGAGCGGGGCGCGGGGCGCAGCCACCCUCCCCGCACACAAUGCCUGAGGGCCCCGAGCUGCACCUGGCUAGCCGGUUUGUGAACGAGGCGUGCAGGGGGCUGGUGUUCGGAGGGUGUGUGGAGAAGUCACCCAUCAGCCGCAACCCUGAGGUGCCCUUUGAGAGCAGUGCCUACUGCAUCUCAGCCUCAGCCCGUGGCAAGGAGCUUCGACUGACACUGAGCCCCCUGCCUGGGGCCCAGCCCCCACGCGAGCCACUGGCCCUCAUCUUCCACUUCGGCAUGUCUGGAUCCUUCCAGCUGGCACCUAGCAAUGCACUACCACCCCAUGCCCAUCUGCGCUUUUACACGGCUCCUCCUGGUCCCCAACUCACCCUCUGCUUCGUGGACAUCCGCCGCUUUGGCCACUGGGACCUCAGCGGCGAGUGGCAGCCAGGCCGUGGGCCGUGCGUCUUGCUGGAGUAUGAACAGUUCAGGCUGUGUCCCUCCAGGGAGAAUGUGUUACGAAACCUAGCAGACAAGGUCUUUGACCGGCCCAUCUGUGAGGCCCUCUUGGACCAGAGGUUCUUCAAUGGCAUUGGCAACUAUCUGCGGGCAGAGAUUCUAUACAGGCUGAGGAUACCCCCCUUUGAGAAGGCCCGCACUGUUCUGGAGGCACUGAAGCAGCACAGGCUGGCGGCAAGGGCUAUGGGCAGGCGAGAGGGGAGGAUGAUUUUGCACCCUUUCGAGCCUGGCUGCAGUGCUAUGGCAUGGUGGGCAUGCGCUCCCUGCGGGACCGUCACGGCCGUACCAUCUGGUUCCAGGGGGAUCCUGGACCUCUGGCACCCAAAGGGGGCAAGUCCCAUAAGAAGAAAUCCAGCGGAGCACAGCGGGGUCCUGAGGACAGCGUGGAGGACCACCCUCCCCCAAGCAAGGCCCCUUCCGGGACACGAAGGGCAUGGAGAGGCCUUCCUGAGCAGACAACAGCUCAGCAGCCUGAGGGGACCAGCCUCCAAGACCCAAAAGUCCCCCCAGUCACCGAGAAAAGGAAGAGGAGAGGUCGAAGGGCCAACUCAGGCUGCUGCAGGCCUUAAAAGAUACAGACUGACACCCCAUCUCUGGAGCCUGAGGAGACCCCAGACUCUUAGCAGGAGGAUCUCCUCGCUUGCACCUAUCCCUUCCUGCUGCCUCGCCCUGGGUCUGGGCGCUUGUGUGGCUUCUAGAAGCAUGCAAUAGGUUAGAGGGUCUAGAUGCCUGUGACUUUGUGGCUCUUCUCCACAGAACGAUGAUGUUUUUCAUUGUAUCCACCACCCCCAUU